CUCUGUUUUUUCUUCUGUUCUAAAAGGUUGAAGAUGUUCAUAUUAAUGCGAAAAUUUUGGAGGGAUUUGAUUUCUUACCAGUUUCUCUCUCCUUUGUUGUGAAUUUGGGCGAACCCAGAAUGGGAUCAAGAAAUGGAGGUGAAGUGAUGGGAAUUGCUCUGUUUUUGUUGUUGGUGAGUUGGGGAUGGAUUUUCCCGGAAACUGUGGGACAGAAAAUUUCAUCUUCUACCUCUCUGCUGCUACAGGAUGAUGAUGGGACAGAUUUGGUGCACAGAAAUGAUGGGUUUGAAGCAAUCAUGGAAGAAGAUGAUACUGUUAGAGAUGAUCCUUUGAACCAUUUCAACAAGUAUAGAGGUGGAUAUAAUAUCACCAACAAACACUAUUGGAGUUCAACAAUAUUCACAGGAGCUGCAGGGUAUGGGAUUGGAGUGGCAUGGCUUGUGUGUGGAAUGGUCUAUGGAGCAAUUUUGGCUGCAACUCAGAGCUGUGGGAAGGCAAGGGGAAAGGGAAAGGGAAGGAUAAAUUAUGGGCACAAAUUUUACCUAUGGACCAUUAUUUUGGCUGCUUUCUUCACCAUUUUAGCAAUCGUGGGCUGUGGAGUGGUGAUUGGAGGAAGCAGUAAAUUUGAUAGAGAGGCAAAGAACAUAGUGAAGAUUGUAAUAGAGACAGCCAAUGGAGCAUCAGACACCAUUCAAGACACAACCUCAGCCAUGAAAGACAUGAUUGCUAACUUAGAAGCUUCUACUUCUGAUAGUGGAAGUGAGCAAACUUCUGGAGCUUUGAUUUCUACUUCUCACCAACUUGAUGCUCAAGCUGCAACUAUUCAGUGGCAAGCCAAUAAGAACAGGCUCUUGAUCCAUAAAGGCCUCAACAUAAUGUACAUAGUGACCAUGGUUACAAUGUCCUUAAACUUGGGAGCUGUAAUUGCUGUGUCUGUAUUUGGGAUUCUCAGAUUACGAAGACCAUUUCACUUUUUCAUUGUCUUCUGCUGGCUUCUCACAGUUCUCUGUUGGAUCUCCUUUGGCUUGUACCUUUUCUUGAACAAUUUCUCGAGCGACACGUGCACAGCUCUCGAAAUGUUUCAAGAAAAUCCCAACAACAACAGCCUCAGUUCUAUUCUCCCAUGUGAGCAACUGCUAACUGCAAGAUCAGUUCUCACUGAUGUAAGUUCAGAGAUUUAUGAUCUUGUUAAUCAGGUCAACACACAAAUUUCAGUAUCAUAUCCAGACAUUGCUCUGGUCUGCAAUCCCUUCUCACAACCUCCAUAUUAUGAAUACCAACCUCAAAACUGCGCAGCGAAUACCAUUCGUAUCGGAGAUAUCCCCAAGGUGCUAAAGCUACUCACAUGUUCAAAUGAAAGCAAGGAAGGGUGUGAGAAUGGUCAAUUCAUGUCCAACUCCGAGUACAAAACAGUAGAGGCAUACACAAACUCAAUACAAGACUUCCUCAACGUGUAUCCAGGAAUGGAGAGCCUGGUGGAAUGCCAAACACUCAAAGAUGCCUUCGCCAAGAUCUUGGAACACCACUGCAAGCCUUUGGAGAAAUAUGCGUACAUGGUUUGGACAGGGCUGGUUUUUGUGUCGGUUGUUAUGAUGUGUUUGGUUUUGGUUUGGACAAUUAGAGCCAUUGCUGACCAAAAACUCCACCUUUCAGUUGGAUCGGUGCAGCCGGCCAGAUGUUCAACUCCAAACAUGUUGGAGAUGGCUAAUCAUUGACACUCCGUCAUGUCUCGUUGGUUAGGUUAGGAUAGAAUCAAUCGGUAAUCCCGAGAGUCCCGAGAA